CCAAUACCCGCAGUGCCAUUUCUAAACUGUAUUCCCCACUGUGUCCUCCAACUGUUGUAGUUUCUGCCAAUCGCUUGAGGACAGAGUGGGAAAAGGAGCAAGCAGAGUUAGAAGCCGGACAAAAGAACUUAUAGACCCCUUAUAUACAUAUUUUUUCCUAAUGUUUUAGAGAGCGUGGUGUGGUGAAAAAACAAUUGCGGUGAGUGCGGAUGGACUUGUCUGUGUAGUUAUGGAACCCCCUUUAAGCAAGAGGAAUCCGGCGAUAAGAUUAGCGGAUUUGGCAGCGACUCAACCCCUUCCUCAUCAGAAUAUGACAGGCUUCCCGGGGCUAGGGGGGCAUCACCCUCUCUCCCACCAUGCCCACCUCCACCCUGGGGAGCUGGGCAACGACCCCGGAGUGGCACUCACUCCAUUUGGACCAGAGCACAUGGCACAGACAAAUGCUCUCAAACUUAGCCCAUCUCAGCACAUUCAGAGCCAUCCCGAAGCCCAGACCGCGGCAUCUUUCACUUCUGCUCAGACCACAGUUGGUUUCCCCGUGGCUCACCCCCACUCAGGCUACUCAAGCAGCAGGGACUUCAUCCUCAGGAGAGAACUCUCAGCCUCUGCUAUGCAUGCACUUGGCGACCAGCAUAGUUCCGCCUCCUCCCCUCAUCACCAUGGCAUGUUCAUCUCCCCAACAGGUGCUUAUGGGCACACGGAAAGUGGGGCCCAUUCACUUUUCACUGGACUUCACGACCAGGCGUCCCCAGGUGCCCACCAUCAUGCCCUCAAUGGGCAGAUGCGCCUGGGUAUACCGGGGGACGUCUACGGCAGGCCAGAGCACUUCGGUCACAGGCCAGAGCACUAUGGACCGUCUUCUCUCCACAGCUACAACUCCAUGAACCUCAAUGUGAACAUCGCUUCUGCUUCUCACGGAGCGGCGGGGGCGUUUUUAAGAUACAUGCGGCAGCCCAUAAAACAAGAGCUUAUCUGCAAAUGGAUCGACCAGGAGCAAAGUCAAAAGAAGCCUUGCUCUAAAACUUACAGCACCAUGCACGAACUGGUCAACCACGUCACGGUGGAGCAUGUCGGGGGACCGGAGCAGAGUACUCACGUCUGUUUUUGGGAGGAAUGCCCACGGGAAGGAAAGGCUUUCAAAGCGAAGUAUAAACUGAUAAAUCACAUCCGAGUUCAUACGGGAGAAAAACCUUUCCCGUGUCCUUUCCCGGGUUGUGGAAAAGUGUUCGCUCGAUCGGAAAAUCUAAAGAUUCACAAGAGAACUCACACAGGAGAGAAGCCUUUCAAGUGCGAGUUUGACGGCUGUGACAGAAAAUUCGCCAACAGCAGCGACCGGAAGAAGCACUCUCACGUCCACACCAGCGACAAGCCUUACUACUGCAAAGUCCGCGGCUGUGACAAAUCCUACACACACCCGAGCUCUCUGCGGAAACACAUGAAAGUUCACUGCAAGUCCCCGCCGCCCCCUUCCACCAACGUCACCUAUAUUUCCUCCACAAACCCUCUGGGGGACUCUCUUUCGCCUAGUUCUGAGCCACAUAGAAACCGCACGGCGAACCUCUCCCCUCAGGUCACCAACCUCAACGAGUGGUACGUGUGCCAGGGGAGCGGGGGACCCAACCACUUCCACACCCCCUCCAGCGAUGUGCCAACGUCGGAUUCAGACGACGAGGACUCUUUCAGAAACUCAGACCCAAGGACAAUGCUUUGAUGGCCUGUUUACAACCACUUGACUGUCAAACUCGUCAUCCAGUUGACCCAAAUAAGUGUACUAGAACCAUGCUGAUCCGUGCUCUUUGGGGUCUUGUUCUGAUAUUUUCGCAGUAGAGAAAGCUAACACUAAAAGUCAGUAAAAUAAAUAAAAUAAAAUCACAUUCAUUGUGUGUGCAAUGUAGGCUUAAAGGAAGAAAUUUCUCUGAGGUGACCCCUGACCUUUAAGGUAGAUGUAAAUCACAGCCAUAAAAAACAAAAACAAUUUAACAGUGAAAUUAGACAUGAGAUUGAAAUAUAAAACACUGCUUAAAUGUGAUCUAGAGUAUUAAAAAAUGUUUUAUUCACAAGAUUGAUAUGCAGAGUUUAAUUAACUGCAUGACUUAAGACUCAACUGGUGUGCUGAAAUCACAUCUUUCACAUGGCCUCCCACCAUCCUCUUGCAGUUAAUAACUGGACUGCAAUCAAUCACUGUCCCAUUUAAACAUUUAAGGAGAAAAAUGUACUUCUUGUAACCUCACAAGUGUUAGACACCAGUUGAUGAUUGAAACUUAAAUAGCAGAAAUGGGGCUUUUUAAAUAAUGUCCUGUUUUCCUUUAAGUUGUGGUACAUCCUAUGAAAACUAACAAGGCCACUAAAAACUAAUAAAGGGUAGGCCAACAUAUGAGUGUCUUAAGGGUUCUCAUUUUUCAGAUUUAUACAAUACCUGUGCUUGGAUGGAAUUUUGUAAUAUUUAAGAACUAUUUAAGACUAUAUUUUAUGCAAAAAUAAGUGUAAUACUUAUUAAAGAGUCCAGUAAGUCCCUUGAGACCCUAAAAGUUUAAACCGACAGGCUUUGACCCUGUAUGAUUUGUACAUAUGUAACUGUACUGAUUCUUGUGAAUGUUGUGUAGUUUUAAUUACAAAAAAAGUUGUUGUUUUGUACAUUGUAAUUUAUUUGCUGGUAUCAGUGUUGUACUGGAAUUACAGAAACACCAAAGAAUAAUAAUAUCAGUUUUGGUGAAGUGAGGAGCCCUGCUGAUGUUUCUUUUUUUCGAAUCUGUGUUCAAUUAUUUGUUUCUUUUUUAAGUGCUCUGUAAAUGAAGAAAAAAAAAUUACUUGAAUAGGCCGUGUAAUGUGAAAAGUCUUCUUUCUCGCAUGCCUUUUGUAGUGAUCUGUCUUUUCAUAUUGAGGUGCAUGGUGCCAUUGGACAUUAUGGUUUAAAGAAAAAAAAGAAAAGAGAAAGAAAGUGAGAUGACUGUGCAGACCUUUGAUGUUCAAGAUUUAAUUUACAAUAUGAAAGUCAUGCUAAAAUUUAAUAAAAAAAAUAAUACAAUGACAUACAGUAAA